AUGGUGGGGUACAUCCUCGCCGAGGCGUUCCUCGUGUCGGCGGUGACGUCGCUCUGGGCGUUCCUCUCGGUGGCCGCGCUCGGCGCGGUCAUACUGUUCGCGGUGCGCCCGGUCGCGCUCAAGGUGAUCGAGCGCACGCCGCCGGGCAAACCCGUGGACGAGAAUUACGUCUUCUUUUUCCUCCUCAUCGUGCUCCUCGUCGGGUUCUACAGCGACGUCAUCGGGACCAACUCGUUCCACGGCGCGCUGAUGUUGGGGCUGGCAAUCCCCGAUGGACCGCCGCUCGGCACCGCGCUGGGGGAGAAGAUUGACGCCAUGGUGUCCGGCCUGAUUCUGCCUCUGUACUACGCCAUGACCGGGCUCAGCACCGAUGUGUGGUCCCUGCAUUGGGGCAGGCUGCAGCUAGUCGUGCUCCUCGGAUGGUUUGGCAAGCUGGUCGGCGUCAUGGUGCCGUCGCUGUUCCUUGAGAUCCCCCUCCGGGACACCGUGUCCCUCAGCUUGUUCAUGAACUCCAAGGGCAUCGUUGAGGUCAUCACCUUCACCUUCUUCCUCACCAACAAGGUGAUCGCUAAUGCAACAGCUCUGCAGAUGGAAGCAUCAAAUGCAACCACUAACCGACUUUGCAUUCUUACAUUCUUUGAUCGGUUCGGUUUGCAGUUGAUCGGCAAGAACUCCUUCAGCGUCCUCAUAUGCUCGUCGGUGGCGAUCACGGCGGUGUCGGUGUCGGUGCCGGUGGCGGGAUUGCUGUACGGCGCGGCGCGGCGCUACGCCGUCUACAAGCGGCGCACCUUGCAACACCUCAAGCCGGACGCUGACCUGCGCAUCCUGGCGUGCCUCCACGACGAGUCCCACGUCCCGGGGACGCUCGCGUUGCUCGAAGCGUCGCACGCCACGCCCCAGACGCCCAUCGGCCUCUACCUCCUCCAGCUCGUCGAGAUCGCAGGCCGCUCCGCGCCGGUGUUCAUCCCGCACAACCCCCGCCGCAACGCGUCUCGGAUCGGCGCGCCCAACGCGCCGUCCACCAACUUCGACCGCAUCAUCAACGCCUUCUUCCGGCACGAGCUCCGGCACCCGGAGGGCGCGGUCUCGGUGCACCCGUUCACCACCAUCUCCCCGUAUUCCUCCAUGCACGACGAGGUGUGCCGCCUCGCUGUUGAGAAGCGAACGUCGCUGAUCCUCCUCCACUACCAUAAGCACCACUUGCUCGCCGGCGGCGUGCACGCCUCGGUUGGGCUCCGCGUCGUCAACCACAAGUUGCUUGAGGUCGCGCCGUGCUCGGUCGCUGUGUUCGUCAACCGCAACGCCGGGAACGUGGGGCUGCCCAAUUUCAUUCCCGGGCCGCUACAAGACUACUCAGGCUCUUCCACGGGGAGCAGUGGCCUCUCGAUGAGCGGGCCCCAGUUCCACGCUGCCGUGGCGGCGCUCUUCUUCGGCGGCGGCGACGACCUCGAGGCCAUGUCCUACGUGGCGCGCAUGGCGCGCCGCCCGGGCGUGACAGUUGCGAUCGUGCGGAUCGGCGGGUGUACAACCGCGCCAUCGAGGAGGUGA